AUGCCACUGAUACCCAAGCUGGGCCAGCUUAGCCCCUUGCAAAUGAGAUUUGGUGCAUGCCUAUCGGCUUCGCUCAUGCUUUUACUUCUAUACCUGGCAUUAACGAAGCAACAUUUCGCCUACGCACAUGAGCUGAAUUCCGAAGACCAUAACUACCGGUUCAGCCUGGAGGGCGAAAUCAUUGAUGCUCCCGAGGAAAAGAACACGAUCAUAACCCGCGCCGAGGACGGAGUAUCUGCGCUCGCAAACAACAGCCCUCAAAACAGUAACAUCGGGAUCGGCCUUACACAAAAUUGGGUGUUUCCCAAAGACGUGAUAGACGGUCCGCACGGGGAUCCUGGAACGGGUUUGCCGGGGGAGAAGGCGGGCUUGACACAGUUGGAACCGGAAGUCCACGAACUCAGAAGAAGGCAGUCAGGCACGACAGUCUAUAUAACCAUCAACACUUGCUUGCAGCCCUCGUCAAAUGUGACGGACACCAUCCCCCCGCAGCUGGAAAUGUACAUUUCGUUAGACUCAUCAAACCAGAAACCGGCACCUGGCUCUGGCACUCCUGUUUCAGUCAUUGGCGGAUACGGCGUGUACGAAGUGGACGCGACCAGCGAUGUGUACGUCGGUAUAUCAGCUCCCAACACUACAGAUUUCUCGGGGAUCUGGAAUUACGAGCUUGCAGCCUCGAACGACGCACCUUAUCACUUCUUCAAUGGCUCGAAGACACCAAACUUAUACUUCGUGGAUAGCGACAACCACGCUGCUCUCCUAAUCACCAACGACACAACCCAAGCCCUACCGAAUGAGACUGUCUACCAGGAGUGGAUGAAAAUGGACGCGCCCUAUGGCGUGUUCGCGUCAAACCAAGACCAGCGCUCCAUCCUUGGCGUUCAAAGGUCGUUCUGUGGCCUGCGGAAUAAUGCUAAGCUAGCAGCAAAAAUCGACAACGUCAACGAUCAGAACGUCGCGACGAUGACCAACAGAGGAAUAGGCGGCAAACCCAAGGAGCAGUUCUACAUCACGGGUCUGAAUGCCACGUCGAAAUACUGGGGCAUGCUGGUGAUGGAAGGCAAUUCCACAGCAUCCGGAGCAGGCGUAGUGGGUGGUGGAGGCACAGUUUGGGCGGCGAUUGACUUCAACACAAAGAGCGAAGGCAAUUGUGCAUUGAUGUACAACCUGUCAUUCUGCUCAGAAGUUGCCUACGCAGUUCCCACAAACCCGAACAAAUUCUCGCCUGAAACGGGUCUGCCAGACCUGGCGGCACUCUACGAUUCCAAUGCCGCGCAAAUGUACCAAUACUUCAACUACUCGCUACAGCAAAUCCCCUGCAAUACCACCUCUAGUGCACAAUACUCUCUCGCCAGAAAUUGUGAUGACUGCGCCCGGGCGUAUAAACAGUGGCUCUGCGCUGUCACGAUCCCACGCUGUGCGGAUUACUCAAACCCCUCCGGCUAUCUAAAACCGAGAAAUGUCGGUCAACCUUUCAUCAAUGGCAGCAGUAUCUCCUCUGACCCGUCAUUAGUUGCUGGGCAGGAUCAGGUGCUUCUCGCUGCCGUGGCGACAAACUCAUCAAGGAAUCCGUUAAUUGAUACCUCAAUAGGACCAGGUCCUUAUAAGGAAGUUCUACCGUGUGAAGAUCUAUGCUAUGAUCUUGUCCAGAGCUGUCCUGCGAGCCUGGGCUUCGCGUGUCCCAUUGCCGGAAAGGGGCUCGAGGAGAGCUAUGGAAAGCGGGUCAAUGAGAGUGAAGGCAUCAUCAGCUGUAGUUACUUGGGUGCAGCGUAUUAUCUGAGCGCCAGCUCGAUGCUGAGGCCGGAGCUGAGUAUCUUUGGCGUGGCGCUACUGGUAUUGAUGUUUGGAAUUGGCCUAUGA